AAAAACUAUGAAUACAUCACCCAUAAUGCAAUUCAAGACCUCUCUAGCUAAGAGAAAGAAUUCAAAGAUUGUCAGGAAGGCAGUCAAGGAGUACCUCAUCAAAGAUAAUACUUCGAGAGUGAAAAAUCUCUUGCAGCUGCUUGAUAGAACAAAAAGCGCUCGCCACCAGCUUGAUAUCAUCCAAGCGAUGCGGAAAGGUACCAAAGGUCAUUCAGGUUAUAAUGAUAUCAGUCAAAGUUAUUUCGAUACCUAUAAAGCAUCUCAGAGUUUGAACAGAGAGAAAUGUCAGAUAAAUUUGAAAAGCAAGAAGUUUGUCUUCUCCAAACCAAAUUCCAUGUCAAAUUAAGAAGAUUUACCAAAAAGUGAUAGAGACCAGGGCCAGGCAUAACAGGUCUUUGUCCAUGCUCAAAAACCAGAGGAAGGAAAUAUCCCUCUUUGAGAACACCUAUAAUUCUUCAAAGAAGAAGUUCGAAAUUGUAGCGAUGCCAUUUAAAGUUUCUAUAAAAAGGAAGAAUAAAGUUGAUGCCUUUUGUCAAUCCACUGAUCAGUUGGAAAAUAACCGGCCUUCUCAUCGGAUGGCAAAGUCUGAAUACUUCAUUAAUCCUAAUCUUAAACCAACAGAGAAGGAUAAAUUUAUCUUGUCUUCGGUUCUUAAACAAAGACCUGUAUUCCAAAAUGAGAAGAUUAAAUCAGAGAGUCCUAGUAGACCUGAGAUUUUUAUCAGAGGGACAUCUACACCUCGAGGAAUAUUCCAGACUGCUCAAAAGGCCAAGACCUCAAAUUCAAGUUGAAGAGUAAGGAAAACUAUCCUGAUAAAUCCUGCAAAACGCUUGGCCUUCAUAAAUUCCAUCCAAGACUUUAGCCCUUGAUAA